AUGGUGCCGGGCGAGGUGGUGCCGCCCGGGCCGGGCUCGCCGCGGGGCAGCGCCGAGGGGGCCGCGGCGGGCAGGAAGCAGCGCGCGGCCGCCCGCAGGAAGGCCUUUUCCCUGUUCGUCAAAGCCAAGGAGGUGCCGGCCGCAUCGUGGUGUCCCGGCGGCGGAGAAGGCGUGCGGUGGCGGUGCUGCCGGCAGGCGUUCGAGGAGCUGCCCAGCAUCCACAGGCACGUGGCUCUGCACCACUCCGGAGACGUCGGGCGGCAGGCGGGGCUCGGUGCGGGGUCGGCAGAGGCCGGAGGCGGCCCCGCGGGCGGCCUGGCCCCGGCGGGCAGCGCGGCCCGGCCGAGCGGGCACCCCUGCAGCAACCCGGAGAUCUCCUGGGCGCUCCCGGACACAAGCCACGUCAGCCACGAUGAUCUGACAAGCCAGGUGGGAGAAGUACUUCUCUAUUACUGUUACUGUGAGGUGAGGGAUCCAGAGAAACUCUGUGCCUGGCAAAAGGCUUUGUGUCAGCAUCUACACCUCACUGGCAAGGUACGAGUUGCUUCAGAAGGGAUCAAUGGGACAGUUGGUGGAAGCAAAGUAGCUACCCAUCUCUACAUUAAAGUUAUGCUUUCCCAGCCUCUGUUCAAAAACAUUUUGUGUCAAGAGGAUUUCAAGAGCAGUGCAGGAGGAGCUCACUGUUUCCCAGAUCUUCGAGUUGGAGUAUUCAAAGAAAUUGUACCUAUGGGCAUUGAUCCAAAGAUAGUAUCUUAUAAGGAAACUGGAAUCCAUUUAUCCCCUCAGGAAUUUCAUAGAGAAGUAGAACAGUAUUUGUCUCAGGCUACUCAAGGACAAAGUGAUACCAUCUUGCUGGACUGUAGGAACUUCUAUGAAAGUAAAAUAGGACAUUUCCAGGGCUGUCUGGCUCCAGAUAUCAGGAAGUUCAGCUAUUUUCCCAGCUACGUAGAUGAAAACCUGGAGCUUUUUAAAGACAAGCGUGUCCUAAUGUACUGCACUGGAGGCAUUCGUUGUGAAAGAGGCUCUGCUUACCUCAGGAGCAAGGCAGUGUGCAGAGAGGUUUACCAGCUAAAAGGUGGAAUUCACAAGUACCUAGAAGAGUUUCCAGACGGAUUCUACAGGGGGAAGCUGUUUGUAUUUGAUGAUCGUUACGCCAUUUGUUCCAAUGAAGAUAUCAUCUCAGCAUGCAGAUACUGUGGCGUGCUGUGGGACCAAUAUAAACUUUGUUCCAGUCAGCACUGCCGGCAGCUUGUCCUGACUUGUCCAAGUUGCUGCAACAAAGGUCUUACAGCUUGCUGUCCUGUUUGUCAAGAGAAGGAGCUCAAGGUGACUUCAAGGGCUUCAGGACAGACACUUAAGGAGGAAUGUGAAUGUACAAGGAGACGGCCAAGGGUACCAAUUGAACAUGGCUCGCCAAGGAUGCUAGACACAGGAAAAGAUUAAGCUGUUUUGUUGGUUAAUCUGGCAUGUGCUCAUGUGAAGGGCUUCUGUAACCAGAUCUCUAUCUGUUAAUCAGUUGGGUCUGGAAAUUACAAAAAUACAUUGGCUUGCAAAGUCUUGUUCAUAUGCUGCCUUUAAACAUAGAAUAUGCCCUGAAAACCAUCCAUUACUUGCCUGUAAAUUACCAGAGUGCCCAAUCCAUCAUCAGCACUACAGGAUUCCUCUCUCUGGGUACAGUCUUGUAGUGUGGCCUUUACCAUGGGGAUUUUGGAGCAAAGUAUCUGCAAUGUGACAGAGCCGCUCACAAUUCAAAAGAAACUGAAGGGAUUCAAGAACAAUUUCCAUUUUUUUCUUCCUGCAUGGAGAUCAACCUGUCUGACCUCUCCAAGGAUCAUGCAUCAGCUUCAAUAGCUUGUGGUAAGGUGUGCAAACAGCAGAUUUAGCGAUUUGGUGUGCGUACAUGACCAGAUUAGAUCCUGAAGAUAUAUUCCACAUGCUCGCCAUUGACCUGCAUCUCUUGCUUUAUACCAGUGAGAAGCAAGGCGGUUACCUGACUUAAGUUGCCUUUAAAACUGGCUGAAGGCAGCAUAAAGAGCUGGAGCAAAAGCUCAGAUAUAGUUUGCCCGGCCAUACUUGUGUGCCCGGCCAUCCUACAAUGAACAGCAAACCAAAUCUUCUUUCCAGUGCUCAGUCUCCCUGGGAAGUGGUUUUUUCCCCUCAGCUUGUCAGUGUAUGAAAUAUACUGGGCUCAGCUCUGCUUGCACUAAAAAACCUGACAGCUUGGAGCAUGUUCAAACAAGCACACAAAGAGGGGAGCACAGAGACUGUCAAAAUACCAGCAUCAUGGCACUGGAAGUGAUGCAUGUGUGCAUAGAUGUCAGCAACAGCUAUGAGGAGACUGCAAAAUCCUUUAUCCAAGUUAAAUAAUUCAAGUUCUGGGGAGCAUCUGUGCUUUUUAAAUAUGUGUUGAGCUUUUUAAAAGGUGCAAGAUGUUUAUGCAAUUACCAGCAUUUGUUAGUGGAGAAAUUGUUUUUGGAGACACCUAUAGCAGAUGAGCUUAAAAUACUGCCCAACAUGCUGUAUUAUGUGCCUGAUGCUGUAGAAUGUACAGAAAGGAUUUAUUAAUAGUGUGGAAGAUGUGUCUUGACUGGAAAACGUCUUUGAAAUUUGCUGUCAUUCUGGGAACUAAACACUACAUCAUUAGGACAUCUAAGUCACUAGGUUUGAGGGGUUUUUACUGGCAAAUACUUUUAAAAGCAAGAAAAUAGUUUCUUAGGUUCCUGCAAUUGCUUAAUUGAUAGGGCUGUUAUUUUCAUGUAGAUUGUACCUUUCUCCCAUGGUGCUAUUAAUUCAGCAAGGCUUCAUUGUUGGCUUGACUAGCAACUUAAAUACAUGGGCAUUGGUUCCAUUAAAGCCAUGACAAACAUUUCUUAUUGGUUCCAGUAUUACUGUCAUGAAAUCAACAGUUCAUCAACGGUCCUCAUGACAGUUUCAUUAAUGAGGCAAAACGCUGGAGUUCAGGAACGUGUACUUUGGGAAUCUUUCUACGAUAGAUUAAAUUGAUUUAAAUCUGUGAACAACCCAUCCUUGGGAAGAAAUUAGAAAAUUCCCAUCAGUAGACACCUUCAGCAGAAGUCUGAGCAAGUGCCAAUGUCUCCCAGGCUUCGCAGUCCCUGCUGUCCUGUUAACCUCUGUGGUUUUGAGGACUGGAGUAUUUGUGAAGAAACAUGCAAGCUCCACUUGCGGGUCUGGUCUGAUGGGGAUUGCUCCAUGAUCUUCCUGUGUUAGGCUAAAAAGAACACGAUUUUGUAAUUCAGUCUAUCAGCAGGUCUGGAACGCUGUAAUUAAUUUGUUAUGCUGUUUCUGUAACACUUACCAGUACAGGAGGGCAACAACUAUAUAUUUUAUAUGUAAAUUUCUGAAACAUCUAUGAUAAAUAAGCUUUAGUGCUUCCAUUAUAAUUUUUUAAGUACUGCACAAAUACACUUCACAUAUUUUGUUGGAGGUGCUUAAUUCUGCAGGAUAAACACUGAAAUAAAACCUAGCUAGUCUGCCACAUGGUAGACUGGCUAUAAGACUUUCUCCUAAGAGCUCCUUGCAGCUGGAGAUUCUACCUCAAAGGUAUAGUGGAGCCAUGAGGCCUCUUCUGGUCCUUGCUGCACUAAGGCAAGGGAGGAGAAGGAUUUGAGAUGUACAGGUGGAGUCCCAUAAAGCCAUGUUCUCUCUGCUGCAGAGAGCAGGGGAGGGGAUAAGAGACUGUCUUAGUUUGCUUCCUGCAAGUUAGCCCAUAAGGGGCUUGCUGUCCUGUUUUCUGGGUUAGUUUUGUCAGAUUAAUGAAAAUAAGGACUUGCCAUGUGAAAAACUAUGUGGUGGCAUCCAGGCAUCUUAGGGGUAAUGCCUGAGAGAAAGCACAUGAGCUCCAGGAGAGGGAAGAGUUUUCAGCAGGCUAGGCUGUGACUGCCAGAGAUGCUGUAGUCACCAGAUGGCUUUUCCUCCCUUUUCCUGGGGAGCUGCUGGGCCAAACAGGGAUAUAGUUGCUCCUCAGUAUCACCAUUUGUAGCUCCAUUGCUGUACAGCUUAAAGCAUUUCACCACGUGGCCUGAUGCCUCAGCACUGCCUGUCUCUGCUGCACCACCCUCAGCUGUCAGAUGCAUCCUGCAGUAAAACAGCUCUUUGAGGAUCAGGCAAGGAACCUGGAAUGAUCCUGACAGCUUAAUCUACCUUUGGGCUUCAAGGUUAAUGUGGAUGCUGCUACAGUGAAAUAAAGGACAAAAUUCUUUUUUGUUAAGGGCUGUAUUAGUAUCCAUGGUAGUGCUCCCUGGUCUGCAGAUGCAUCUCCUUGCAUGUCCGUGCUUCCUAGUACCACCAGGAUUUUCCAGGGUAGGAUUCAUUUACGGUCUGAAGCCAAGGGAAGAGCUGAGCCUCUGUCAUGCAAAUCCGAGUGGAUGGCUCAGCUGAAAGUGUAUGGUUCUGAUUUGAUGAUUGAGUUGACAAUUUCAAAGUCUUCACAGUGCACAUAGAAGAAAGUACUUUUUAAGACUGCCAGUUAUAU